GCCCAAAGUGGAUUAGCGUGCACAAAAUCACGCUUCGAACUCGCUCCUGCAUCUAAUGAUCAGCAGAGAGCUCUGCGCAUUCGGCUCUUAUACACACAUUGAUUCAUCUCAAUAUGCCUCCAAAAACAUAUAAUGCAGCUGCGCGGAAAAAGAAGAGCAUAGGGACGCCGAAGCAGGCGAGGUUGACAGACAGCUUCCGGCAUACAAAGAGAUCACCAUCGGUAUCCUUCUCCGAGAAAGAUGGCGACGCGACAACGGACAAGGCCAAGUCGAACGUGAAGCAAGCGCCCGUUGAAGAUAAUGAGGUUAUUGAACACAUUGAUUUACUGCCUAAACGGAAAAGUCUAGAUGAGGUGGAGACAGUUGUCGAUGUUGAGAAGAGCGCGGCCGAAGAAGAGGAGAUUAGUGAGAAGGAAGAGGAGAAGGUCGAGCGAUUGGACUAUGACGACCCUUCGUAUGGUAAUAUUUUGGAGCAUAUGAUUGAAGCUGAAAUCUCAGAACCUAUUCACCAAAGCGACCUCUCAACAGUAGAGAAGGUUCUCAAGCGAUUUGACCUAGAUUCGAGAUUUGGACCGUCGUACGGCAUGAGUCGACUUGAGCGGUGGAUUAGAGCCGAAAAGCUAGGAUUCGAGCCGCCAAAGGAGGUGCACACAAUACUCACGAGCCGAGAAGGGCGCGACGUGGAAAUUCUGAGAGAGGGAUACCUGUACGGACAGAUUUGAAGACAGUAAUGGUAGUAUAUGGACUUGGGUUUGUGUGAAUAGAUUGUUGGAGGUAUAUACCAACUACAGCAUGUCGACGCCGACAAUUGCCGACAAACGCGUAGGGAUCCACAAUUUUUCUUUAUACUACGCAAUCAUAGUCACACGACAUGCCGCAGUCUAUCGCCGUAGCUAAAAACUUCUAGAGCCAUAUCCUGGUAGCUCCCGAGUGCCGGCACGAGCCAAAAGGGCUUAUUUAUCCGUUGCUACGCGUAUGUCCGGAAGAUAAACUCAGGUUCGGAUUCCAACUUCGCGAUACCGUCGACGCGGUUGACCGACCAGCACGACGAGUCAACGGCGCCGCGUCAUGGAUAACAUACU